GUCCCCGCCCGCCACAGGCCUGCUGCAACCGGCUCGCACGGGUAGGCGGGGGCUCGCUCCGCGCCACGCGGUUCGACCAAUGCGAGCGCGCGCAGCGGGGCCCGGCGGUCCCGGCCGCCGGUGCUGAAAACCCGGCGCGUGGGCGGUGGGCUCCGGGCGCGCGCCAGCGGACCCGCUCCCGGAGCACGCGAGGCCGGCGCGCGCUAUCCGCAGGCCCCGAGCGCGCGCCUGACCGCCCUUUCCCUUGCGGGCGCGCGGCGUUGCCAGGCCUCAAUGGCCCCCGAGACCCCGGCCCAGGGGCCGACCCCGCGCUACUUCACUUGGGAAGAGGUGGCGCAGCGCUCCGGGCGCAACAAGGAGCGGUGGCUGGUGAUCGAGCGGAAGGUGUACAACAUCAGCGAGUUCAACCGCCGGCACCCCGGGGGCUCCCGGGUCAUCAGCCACUACGCGGGACAGGAUGCCACGGAUCCCUUUGUGGCAUUCCACAUCAACAAGGGCCUUGUGAAGAAGUACAUGAACUCGCUCCUGAUUGGAGAACUGUCUCCGGAGCAGCCCAGCUUUGAGCCCACUAAGAAUAAAGAGCUGACGGAUGAGUUCCGAGAGCUGCGGGCCACAGUGGAGCGGAUGGGGCUCAUGAAGGCCAACCAUGUCUUCUUCCUGUUGUACCUGCUGCACAUCCUGCUGCUGGACGUUGCUGCCUGGCUCACUCUUCGGGUCUUUGGGACGUCCUUCGUGCCCUUCCUCGUUUGUGCAGUGCUGCUCAGCGCAGUUCAGGCCCAGGCUGGCUGGCUGCAGCAUGACUUUGGGCACCUGUCUGUCUUCAGCACCUCUACGUGGAACCACCUGCUACAUCAUUUCGUGAUUGGCCACCUGAAGGGGGCCCCUGCCAGUUGGUGGAACCACAUGCACUUCCAGCACCACGCCAAGCCCAACUGCUUCCGCAAAGACCCCGACAUCAACAUGCACCCCUUUUUCUUUGCUUUGGGGAAGAUCCUCUCUGUGGAGCUUGGGAAACAGAAGAAAAAGUACAUGCCAUACAACCACCAGCACAAAUACUUCUUCUUGAUUGGACCCCCAGCCUUGCUGCCUCUUUACUUCCAGUGGUAUAUUUUCUAUUUUGUUAUCCAGCGGAAGAAGUGGGUGGACCUGGCCUGGAUGAUCACCUUCUACAUCCGCAUCUUCCUCACUUAUGUGCCACUGUUGGGAGUGAAGGGCCUCCUGGGCCUUUUCUUUAUGGUCAGGUUCUUGGAAAGCAACUGGUUUGUGUGGGUGACACAGAUGAACCAUAUUCCCAUGCACAUCGAUUACGACCAGAACGUGGACUGGGUCUCCACCCAGCUCCAGGCAACAUGCAACGUCCACAAGUCCGCCUUCAAUGACUGGUUCAGUGGACACCUCAACUUCCAGAUUGAGCACCAUCUCUUCCCCACAAUGCCUCGACACAAUUACCACAAAGUGGCUCCCCUGGUGCAGUCCCUGUGUGCCAAACAUGGCAUAGCGUACCAGUCCAAGCCCCUGUUCUCAGCCUUCGCCGACAUUGUUCACUCAUUGAAGGAGUCCGGGCAACUCUGGCUAGAUGCCUAUCUUCACCAAUAACAACAGCCCAUCUGGAAGAGGAGCCUCUGGAGCCAAAGCAAAAGGGCACUUGAGGGCAAUGCCACUACAAUUCUAAAAUUCAGAGAUUGUGUUUGAGGAGAUAAAGGCUUGGCUCAAACCCUUUCCCUUUAUCUUCUAGGCAGAUUUAUGACCCAAAGAGGUUGGGGGAACAUGCAGGCCCCCUAGAAGGGAUGGAGCUAUUGGGGCAGGGAUAUGAGUUUUGUUUCCUUUUUCUAGUUUGUCAGAUGCAAAUGGUUGAUGAGCAAAGAGGGAGUCAGGAGGGUGUUAGAAGAAUAGGGAAACCUACUAAGCCCAGCAAUCAGGAAGAGAUUUCGCACUAAAAUUCCACCCAGGAAAGGGGUGAGCUCAUCUUACGGAUCCACUUCUCAGUGCCUUUCCACCCUCACCUACAAACCUCAGAGGUUCGCAGCCUGGAGGGAGAUGGAGCAGCUUAACCUUUUGAGCAAAGUUUAGAAAGGAAGCAUUAGUGUUUAGAAUUCUGAGGCCUGGGAGCCCAGCUCACUCUAGGGCUAGGUGACUUAUGUCUGCCUCAGGCUCCUGGAGAAGGAAUUUCUCCUUUGCGAAGAAGGCAGGGCAGAGGCCAGACUGUGGUGUCAGAGACAUCUGGCCGGCCCUAAAGGAUCCUGCCACUACUGAUUUUGGUCUCAUGUUCCAUCCAGGGUACCAAGGAAGCAUUAGGUCCUAGGUCUUGCCAAAAUGGCUAAUGGAGAGUUGUUGGCCAUUAAAAAUCAGUUCAGCUUUUGAUUUACCUCUUCUAACCAGUACCUAAGGAACAAAAUACUCCUCAGAUAGGGAGUCCACUUGCUCCAUAAGCAAGUGAGCAGAUGGGGCAACUUAAUCUCCUCCCUAGAAACAAAUGAGGGCUCCUCAUGGUUUCUCUUUGCUUCCCUACCUAUAAUUCCAAGUUUAAUACAAUAGCUGUCAGUGAGCACAAGUGACCAAGCUGGGAGAUACUAAAUUAGCAAUGAGGAAAACACAAGUUUCAGUCGUAAAGAAUAUAAGAGCUGUAAGAAAUUUUCUGUAACCUAGAUUAUGUUAUAGCAUUACUUCUGAGCAGGAGCAGUGUGGUUAAAUGUAACCAUUUUAGUUCUAAACCAGAAAUAGGAAGAUAAAAACACAGAAGUUUGUGAUCAUUGUUGCUGUCAUUAGGCUUCUUACACUGUCAACUCUGUUCAAGUGUCUUUCUCUGCUGGAGUCCAGGUAGGAAUUUAGGAUCAUCUCUUGAGCAUAGCAGUCUAAUAUUAAAAUGCAAUUUUUAAAUUUCCUGGUUUUUAAAAGAUAAAAACAGUUUAACCCAUCUCUAAAGAACAAACAUAGGAAUGUGCCCCAGGAGUCUCACCUUAACACCAGAGCUUGUCAUCAGCGUUCACCCCCUCCCCCUACACCCACAGCCUUUCAGUUCAGGUGAGGGGAUUAUUCGCCUGCUCAGCAGCAUCUGCUGUUAAGUAUAUUGAGCAUUUGGGACAUUUGGAAGACAAAGCACAGCUCUGGGCGAGUUUGCAUUUAGUUUUGGGAGAAUGGCAAUCAGGGAGAUGAAGGUCCUAGAGGCACCCCCCCCAUGGGAAGGCUGUCUUGAUUUCUUAGCAGUUUGUCAAAACAAAGACAAAACGAUUUUAAAAACAGAUGAGGGAGAACAGGUUGCAGAAGAGUUGAGAUCUUUUCCAUUUGGGAAGAACCUGGUUUAAAACAGCCUGGGUAGAAAAAUUAGUAGCAGAAUUGAAGAGCUCUAUUUUCAUUGGGUUCCUCACUCCAGAAUAGGCGCUGAUCCUUCCCUAUCCCUGUUCCCUGCUACCUAAGGUUUAGGUGUGGUGUCACCAGCCUGUCAAGCCAUCUGGCUUUGGGCCGAGGCUGCCCAAUCUGAGCACACCAAGUGAAGCUUAUUGAGCCAAGUCCAGAUCCUCAAAGCACCUCAAACACUGUGGCCUUCUCUCCUUGGCCUAGACCAGUGUGGUCUCACAUGGCCAAAAUGGGACAUUACCAGUGAUAAAAGGUUCAGACUAUUAAAGUGGUAACGUAAGUGAUCUCAAAUCCAACGACAGAUGAGAAAACAGGCUUAGACAGGACAAGUCACAUCCAGUCACAGAUUGUGGAAGAACUAACAUUUGAACUCACUUUCUAAAAACACCAGCUUCUAUGUUUGUCUUAGUUACUUUCAUCUUCCUACCACUUAUCCGGAGGCAUUUUCUUUAAUUAGGCCCAAUAUCAGUAUCCUUUGUGUAUGUGCCAAUUUUGUUACAUUCCAAUGAAGUUUAGAAAUAAAGUGAAGUUUGACCAAA